CCAGAGAGCGCGGCCGGCUCGGCAGGUUGGGACCCAAGCUCACAGCUUCCGGAAGGCGCGGAGGUCGGAUAAAUACAUCCCGGCGCCUAGGCACCAGCGAACACCGCUCGCGCCGCCCGCACCAUACGCACAGCCGUCCGUAGGGCGCAGAGCCGGCCGGCAAGGUGCAGUGCCCGCUCCUCCUCCUCCCGGGGCCGGCGCGGAGCGGCGGAGAGCAGCGGGCUCGGCCCCCGGCGCCCGGGCCGCGGAGCCGAUGAGCAGCGGCGGCUGAGGGCCCAGGCUGGCCUUUGCCUGCCGUCUGCCCGGCGCCCGAGCGGGGCCGCAGCGCCCAGGGCGCGGGGUCCGGGCUGGUGACAUGGGGUCGGACUGACGCGCCCCGGGCGGCCAAGCGCUCUCUCUCGAGCCGCGGGCCCUGCUCGGAGGCGGCGGCGGGCGCCUGGCCCGGCGCGCUCUACUCAGGGCGCCCGCGGGAACCUCCGCCGCGCUCUAUGCGCCUCUGUAAGCGCCGCGGGCCCGGGCCAUGGCGAUAGACCGGCGGCGCGAGGCGGCGGGCGGCGGGACCGGGAGGCAGCCACCCCUGGGCGAGGAGAACGGCUCUCUGCCGCCGGGGGACGCAGCGGCCUCGGUGCCCCUAGGGGGACGCGCGGGCCACGGCAGCGGCGGGGAGAUCCAACCGCUGCCCUCCCCGCAUCCCGCCGGCGGCGGUCCUCACCCGAGCUGCUGCUCCGCGGCAGCGGCCCCGAGCCUCUUGUUGCUGGACUACGACGGGUCGGUAUUGCCCUUCCUCGGGGGCCUGGGCGGGGGCUACCAGAAGACCCUCGUGCUCCUCACCUGGAUCCCCGCGCUAUUCAUCGGCUUCAGCCAGUUCUCAGACUCCUUCCUUUUGGACCAGCCGAACUUCUGGUGCCGGGAGGCCGGCAAAGGCGCCGAGCUGGCGGGAGUCACCGCCACUGGCCAGUGGGGAGCCGAGGACUUGGCCAACUGGACCAGCCCGCCGACCAUCCCCUUCUCCACUGCCGCCUGGGGGGCCGCGGGCAACCUUAGCAACAGGAGCGGAGCGGACAGGGGUGACACUCCACCCCUACCGUCCCCUCCGGACAAGGGGGACAACACCUCUAACUGCGACUGCCACGCGUGGGACUAUGGUAUCCGCACAGGCCUCGUCCAAAACGUGGUCAGCAAGUGGGAUCUUGUGUGUGAUAAUGCCUGGAAGGUCCAUAUCGCUAAGUUCUCCUUACUGGUUGGAUUAAUCUUUGGCUACCUAAUAACUGGAUGCAUUGCUGACUGGGUCGGCCGGCGGCCUGUGCUGCUAUGUUCCAUCACCUUCAUUCUGAUCUUUGGAUUGACCGUGGCACUGUCAGUGAAUGUGACAAUGUUCAGCACACUCAGGUUUUUUGAAGGAUUUUGCCUGGCUGGAAUAAUUCUCACCUUGUAUGCAUUACGAAUAGAGCUGUGUCCACCCGGAAAACGGUUCAUGAUCACAAUGGUGGCGAGCUUCGUGGCCAUGGCGGGGCAGUUCCUCAUGCCUGGGCUGGCUGCCCUGUGCCGGGACUGGCAGGUCUUGCAGGCCCUCAUCAUCUGCCCCUUCCUGCUCAUGCUGCUCUACUGGUCGGUAUUCCCCGAGUCCCUCCGGUGGCUGAUGGCUACCCAGCAGUUUGAGUCUGCAAAGAAGCUGAUCCUGCACUUCACACAGAAGAACUGCAUGAGCCCCGAGAGUGACAUCAAGGGUGUGAUGCCCGAGCUGGAGAAGGAGCUCUCCAGGAGGCCCAAGAAGGUCUGCAUCGUGAAAAUGGUGGGGACCCGGAACCUGUGGAAGAACAUCGUGGUCCUGUGUGUGAACUCGCUGACAGGGUAUGGGAUCCACCACUGCUUUGCAAGGAGCAUGAUGGGCCACGAGGUGAAGGUGCCACUCCUCGAGAACUUCUAUGCUGACUACUACACCAUGGCCAGCAUUGCCCUGGCGUCCUGCCUGGCCAUGUGCGUGGUGGUCAGGUUCCUGGGGCGCAGGGGCGGGCUGCUGCUCUUCAUGAUCCUCACUGCCCUGGCCUCGCUGCUGCAGCUCGGGCUCCUCAACCUGAUUGGAAAAUACAGCCAGCAUCCAGACUCAGGUAUGAGUGACAGUGUCAAGGACAAAUUCUCCAUCGCAUUUUCCAUCGUGGGCAUGUUUGCCUCCCAUGCAGUGGGAAGCCUCAGUGUGUUCUUCUGUGCAGAGAUCACCCCGACAGUAAUAAGGUGCGGCGGGCUGGGACUGGUGCUGGCCAGCGCGGGCUUCGGCAUGCUGACAGCGCCCAUCAUCGAGCUGCACAACCAGAAAGGCUACUUCCUGCACCACAUCAUCUUCGCCUGCUGCACGCUCAUCUGCAUCAUCUGCAUCCUCCUGCUGCCUGAGAGCCGGGACCAGAGCCUUCCCGAGAGCAUCUCCAAUGGGGAGCACUACACGCGGCAGCCGCUCUUGCCACACAGGAAGGGUGAGCAGCCGCUGCUGCUCACCAAUGCCGAGCUAAAGGACUACUCAGGCCUACACGACGCAGCAGCGGCCGUCGGGGAUGCGCUGCCCGAUGGCGCUACAGCCAACGGUGUGAGGUCCUGUGGCUCUGGGCGUGGUCUGCCCUGAGGGGCGUCUGGGUCCUGGGGUGGGGUUGCUUACGCAUAGGCUUACAACACGUGGCUGCUGGCUGCAGCAGGCAAACAAGGCUGUGACGCCUCUGGGGCACGGGACCUUACACUGGUGUGGGGAAUUCUUUCCAGAACUCUAAGGAUCAUGUGUGAGGAAGCAGACUCUUCGGAAUUAAGACUUUCUUUUCUGCCAUUAAAUGUUCGUAUUUAUUUUGGUCAUUUUUACGAGAAGCACUUUAUUCCCUUUCCUCUCACUGACCUUGAAAUAGAACCACCUCCUUCGAAAGAGGGACCCAGUCGCCCCAGCGCUGCAGCCGGUCUCCCUGCAGGUCUGCCGCUGUCGCCCACCACCCCCUGAGCAGCCAGAGGCCACCUCUGCUGCUGGAGCCGCACCCAUGCUGCCUGCCUGUAUGCAGACACCUACCAUGGAGCAGUUCCCAACUGCAGAUUAGACACUGAAAUGUAAAUGAAGAGGUGUUUACUAGGGAGUCUGUUAUGGUUUGUAACGUGUUUUCUGUUUGUAAGGUCAGAGCUUCUGUUACGUGUUUUGGGGGAAAGCAGCUCACAGAUAUCAUUAAAACCAGCUUAGUCUUUCCUUCGAGAUCAUCCUUUGGUACUUCAUGCUGGAAACUGUUUGGGGAAAAUCUUAAACAUGUAACCACCCAUCUUAAAUAAUUAGUGGCAGUGUCGCCAGUUUGCGGACCAAGUUUGCCUAGUUAAGGUCACAACUAGCAAAUGUGUGGAAGUCUGAGACAUGUUAGCAUUAAUGCGCCUUCUCAGACUUGGCUCCAGCAGAAAAGUUCCCUCUUUCACUAUCAGCUUUUUUUCCAGAACUACUUGAAAAUGUGGCUACUUUCUGAACUGAAACCAAUAGGAUAAGAACUGACAUAGACGACUAAGGCAAACCCACAGGAGGGAGGGGUGCGCUCCCAAAUAUGGCCCUUCACGCACAACCGGAGCACACACCACAUGGACACCACCAGCUUGGAUGACUGUCAGCUCUCACUAAUUUCACGCUGAGGGACUGCAAAGCCUGUGGGAGCUGGUCCUCUUCAUGCCUGCCUUUGCCUGCUUCCUGCCAUUUCUGUCAGCACAGAGGUGGGGCUUAGGGCAAGGAGUGGGAUGCUCACCUGUUAGUCCAACUGACCUCCUGCCUCUUAAAGCAUCAAGACGAAUUGGGAGAAAGCAAUAACUCACCAAAGUUCAGCUCCCACCCCGUGCCCAAUAUCCAAGAGUUUUCAUUGUGUUCUUCAUUUUGUCCCGCAAGAAGGCUUCCUCGUCCCUUUCACGUCAGGCUUUCUCCACCUGUCAGGGGGGAUUUCAGAGGAAACUCGGAAGGCUUCCUCAAGGACACACAGGGGCCACUAAAAAACAAGCUUUAAUGGCACAGGCAGGCACCACCUUGUAGCAACUUAGGCACCUGAUUAUUUUAGACAGCCUGGUUCUUUCUAAAAUUGUCUACCCCCUCCUCCCCGCCCCCCUCCCAGUUUGUGACAUGGGCUGUGGCUGUUUUUCCAAAGUAAUCGUAGCCUCAGGUCUGUGAAUCAGGUGACCUCCAACUGACAGUUACUAUAACUCAAAGGGCCUGAAAAGGGGUUGACUUAACUUGCCUUUCUCCCCUUCUAGCUUUCUACGUUGUCUGUGUCUUUCUCUCUCCACCCACCAUCUCCUCCAAAUCUGGUAGACAUCAAUAGGAGCCUGCUGACUUGAUAAAAAUACAGUGAGGAGGUGAACAAACUGGCAAGCAUGUGCGAUUCCAGUGAGUAAACCACACUUUCUCUGUCAAUCAAUGGGGCCUGGGAUCUCCAGCUUCAUCCAAGGGCCACUGCUUAAGAAGGAAGGGCAAGCAUCUGGCCAAUCUCCCUGUUCCAGCCCAGCUCAUCCUCGCCUUCUCUCAUCUAGGUCACUUUUGUUCCAUGUUUCAAUGUUAGUCCACAUUCACCUUACUUUAAAAAGGACUUUCUUUACAAAUGUGCAGCCUUUGCGUGCCAAACUUGUGAAAUACCUUUUGCCUUUUUUAGAGUACUUGCUACAAAGCUACCUGGCAGCAAGAUCCAUUAAGUCCAGGACAUGUCAUAUGCAGCAGCCAAGCCACUGGGCAGUUGAGAAAGGUGGGCAGGAGCCAGUGAGGUUCUGGGCCAGCCCCUGGCCAGGUGUAUUUCUGCAUUUAUCACCCCAGCACUAGGACACCUUUCAGUCCCUUCACUCUACUACAGAAGGACUUGUGAGUCUUCACUCGCUGAUCACAGAGACCUUCUUUAAGAACUGCCCUGAAGCUGUAGAGUGCUGCCAGUAAUGUCUGAGAAGGUGGAGGGAAGGCACAGCACUUAGACACUCCUGUUCCAAGGUCUCUGAUCUCCAUCCUAAAUGACAGAAACACUUGUCCAAUGGAGAUAACGUUGUCACUUCAGCAAUCAGGACUAACUCACAGGUGACAAGAGAAGCAAGCUAUGAGGACUGGGCUCUUGGACUGAGGUCUAGCAGCUGUGAAUGAUGCCGAGAAGCCAACGAUCAGUAGGUGGUAUCUCUGGGCAGAGGUCCCACAGCUCUUUUCUCCAGGCGGCCUCAUGAUUAGGCUGAGCUCUUCUGUUGCUGGUUUAGCUUAAGGCUCUCUGAAGCUCUUGAGGAACACCUUUAUGAAAUACAGCCAAAGCAGAAAAGCUUCCCUGUGGGCUUAGCCCCGUGAAGUCCCACACCAAGUGGGCAAGGCAAUAAGGACCCACCCAAGCCUGAUACAGGUCCCGGGCCUGCCGUGCUCUGCAUGGAAGGGGCUGCAGCCACCAGCUCCCUCGUGGCUGUUGGUUGUGCUUGGACUCCUCAGUCCUGUUUCCUUCGUGGUCACUAAGAAAACAGUUCUCAGGCAUUUCAAGUCCGCCUCCCCACCACCUCCUCCCCUGCCCGGGGAGACACAUCCAGGUAUGUGCUGCAGCUAUUCUCCUCCACCAGCCACGCCUACAUCCUGCUAUCCUUUCAGGGAGCUGGGAUCCCUUUCCAUAAAAGUUAUGCACAAAUGUGAACACCCAAGGCAGGGCUGGACAGGUCUUCAUUUCCUUUUCUGGAAGUCAGUAACAUCGAAUACCUGAAGUACUAGCACCCAAGACAAAAAGGAAAAAGUUUUGUUUUGUUUUCUGAAAGAGUAUAAUUAACUUGCAACUAGAGGAAAGGGACUGAUAAAUUGUUUUGGCCACAGACCAGAAAGCAAAAAUAAACCUCGUAAAGGGAGUAUUGCACUCAAAACAAUACCACUUCCUAGAGCCAAACAAGAAAUGACUGAAGUGCCAUUAAAUGAACUGUGACCAUAGCGUUGCCCAGCCCCUAGGUGGCGCACGGGGCACGCACGUGCUGGGGAAGGCCCACACUUCACUUUCCUUUCAAGUACUCCUCGCUUUACUGUAUUGUGUUUUGGAAAAGCAGCACAGUGUAUUAAGUCUAGUGGGAAUACUUCCCUCUGUCCUUUCAGCCACCCCCACACUUGAGGUUUCUAGUCCGAACCAUGUUACUGUACAUGUCAACCGGGAUCAAUCUGGAGGUGCUCAUUCAUAGCACAAGCCUAAAUCAAGUUCUGAACUGUGUUGUUCAAAGCUAAAUGUCUGCAUGAUGUCACAUCUGUUGUACCUUUGGGGAAACUUUGUAUGUAAAUGUACAGAAAUAAAAAUAUUGCCCCAUUAACAAA